AUGCCCAGCCGAACGAAGAAAACCGAGCAGCCGGAAGACGCCAGCAUGGAGGACGUCCCUACGUCUGCGCAACCAGACCAAGAGACUGGAGACGCCAUGCAAGAGGAUGAAUUUGCCGAGAAUGGUGGUAGCGGCAAUGGAGAAGAGGAGGAAGAUACGGUGCAACGGGUCAGAAUUCUUCCCGGCUCGUCACCCACAGCAGCGUCGUUUGAAUUCCUCGAGGAGGGCCACACGCUUGGGAACGCACUGCGAUACAUCAUCAUGAAGAAUCCUGAUGUGGAAUUUUGCGCCUACUCCAUCCCGCAUCCCUCGGAAGCGAAGAUGAACAUUCGUAUCCAGACAUAUGAUACCACCACCGCUACUGCGGCAUUGGCGAAGGGCCUGAAGGAUUUGGAGGAUCUAUGUGACGUAGUUGCGGACAAGUUCUGGACUGAGAGAAACAGGUUCACCGAGGCUGGACGUAUGGAGAGCGACUGA